ACUAGUCAGUCGUGUACGGCCGGUCGCGGAGUACGGAAGGUGAAAGACGCGUUUAACUUUGUAUUACUCGUUUAUCACCGAACGUUCUCUUCUCAUUAUAAUAUUCUUUAUUUUUGUUAUUACUUUCUUUCUCGUACACGUAUUUAGAAUAAAUUGUAACAUAUACGAUCUCGAAUAUAUCACCGGCCUUUAUCGUGAGUCGAUUCAAAGAAAUAAAAAAAAAAAAAGAGUCGACUUCUUUAGUUCAUCGAAAAAAGAAGAAAUAUAGAAAUAAACUGUCUUUCUCUCUGGUUAGGAAAGAAGGAGGGAGAGAGUGAGAGAGAGAUAUAUAUAUAUAGAAAGAUAGAAGAACUUCUCUUGUGCGUUCUUAAAAAGAAAAAGAAGAAGAGAAGAAAAUAGAAAGAAAAGGAAAACUAAAAACAAGAAAAGAAACAUCGUCAAUAGAGAUUUAAUCUCUACGAGUGUGUCGCGUUUUUUUGUGAAGAAAGGGUCAAGUAUCAGAAAAAAGGAAUCUAGAAAUGAGAACACUUAUGGAACACCAACUGUCCUGGUUCGCCUUGUUAAUGACUGCCUUCUAUUCUCUUCUCGCAAGUUGUCGGGGUGAGGAGUGCGGACACGAAGAACUUACGAGGUGCGCUAGGCCUCUCAAGAAGAUCAGUAACAACGAUCUCAGCUUCGUUACGAAGAAGGAGGAUCUUCAAGAGCUAUGCCCAGAUAUCCAGGCUGGCAUGAAGUGCAUCAAGACAUACACCGUCAAGUGCAUGAAGGACAAACAGAGGGAACACUUUAACUCUUUGUACACGGGAACAAACCAAGCGAUUAUGGAACUUUGCCAGGAUGGUCCUUACCAGGACGAGUAUCUGCAACACGCACCCUGUAUGCAGAAAGUUAGGAAUGAGUAUGAUCUCUGUUACAAGAAAUAUGAGAAGACCACUCAAGGAAUGGAGAGAGAAAAUCGUACGGCAGGUGCUAACAGUUCUCUCAAAUCGGUUUGUUGUGCCUUCAAGGAAUAUCUAGAGUGUUCGCAUCAUACGGUACGCCGACAGUGUGGCGAUGACACGGCGCGAUUCACAAAGGAAUUCCUCGACAGGAUGUCAGAUUCGCUUUUGAAGACGCAUUGUGCAUCGUACAGCCAAAAGGAGUGCGCGAUGGAAAGCGGAGCUGAUCGAACGUGGAGAAAUAUCGAGUUGAUCUUGCCAAUGGUGUUUGUUUUUCUCGCGAGGUAUUUCACGUAAACGUUCAUGCGUUCGCUAGCCUCCGUGGACGUCACCGAUGAUGCCGGAAAGAAGGGCAAUUUCCGUGCAGGCCCUUCGAAGGGGCUAUAUUUUCGAAAGAAACGAUGUCGGUCGAGAGGAGGAAAGAUGCUAGAAAGACCAACAACGAUUUUUCUUUUUUUUUCCUUUUUCUUUCUUUUUGGAAGACCAACGAAUAAAAAGGAAUAAAGGAAGAAAAAGAAGAUGAAGAAAUGCAUACACGGGAAGAGAGAGAGAGAGAGAGAGAGAGAGAGAUGAGAAUAACGAUGACGAGAUGAGCGAGACGAGCCGGAAGAUUCUCUUCUAUACGAGAAAGCGUCGCUCGUUUCUGCUUCGGUACGCGGCUUGAUGCGACUCGACGAAUUUUCGUGUGGAGGGCCAUAAAGAGGAAGAGCAAUUCUUUGUUGAAAAGAAAAGAAAGAAAAGGAGGAAAAAAGAAAGAAAACCCACUUGUUCCUUCCGGUUACGUAUUCGUUUCCUUUCGGAACCGCAAAAACAUCCGAUUAUCGUUCUCAACAAACAUGGCUGCUCGUUGAUCUCGUUUGGAAAUGAUGUUCGCCAUUUAAAAGUUAUCAUCAAUCGUCGUCGUCAAUAUUAUUACAUAUAAUCAUCGUCCUCAUUCAAGUUGAAUAUUCUUCUGAACACUUUCCGUGAUACAUUACGAUCUAUUAGAAUUAGAUAAGUAUAAGGAUCCUCGUUACUUAUACAAUAUAUUCGCGUCGCCGUUAAUCGUGUUAGAUUAGACUCGUCGUUCGAUAUAAACGGACAACGAAGGACCAGAAAGUUGAUGAUGAUGGACUGAUUGUGAGUUCGGCUGUUCGUUCAAUCUGAAUCGGAUUCUUUUUUCUUUUCUUUUUUCCUUCUUUUUUUUUCUUUCGUCGUGAUAAAGAAGAUAACGUAGAAAAAAUGAAAGAAGAAGAAGAUGAAGACGAAGAUGAAGACGAAGACGAAGAUGAAGAUGAAGAAGAACUCGCACUUCCUUUCGAGGAAAACGUUAGCUACUCUACUUCGUUAUCGAAAAGCCGAUCCUUUCGAGAAGAUCGUAAGCGCGAGAGAAAUAGAGAUGUAUAUACCUACAUUUACCUCUAUAUAUGUAUUUAUAUACCCAUGGAGAAGGAGAAGAAAAGAAGUACGUUCCGGCGUCGAAGCACGUGCCGUUUCCGGAGAAGGAAGGAGGACGUGCACGAAGAGGAAUACUGAUCUUUCUUCGGGAAGUAGCAAGUUUUCCACUAGGAACGAUAGAAAAAGGGACGUAUCACUCGACGAGUAGAGCACUGGUAUUGGUCCGUUCGGGGUUAUUCAUCGAAACGACAUCUUCUUUGCGAGGACAAAGAUGGAUGAAAGAAAGAAAAAGAAGAAGAUGAAAAAAAGAAGAGGAAAAAGGAGAAACAGUGAAGGUUUUCUUCGUACAAACGUCCUUUCUUUCAAUCUUUCUUUCUCUUUUUCUAUUUUAUACUCUUUUUUGUUUUUUCUUUCUCUUUCUUUUUCUAUCUCUCUUUCUAUCUAUCUAUCUAGGUAGGUAAAGUCUUCUCGUAGCUCUCAUUUUCUACAACUGUGCUUUUCAUUCUCUCUUUCAUUUUUAUUCAUCACCUGAAAGAGACUAGAACGAAAGGGAGACGCGAAAACGAAGAAAAACGAAGAAUAAGAAUCGUUAAUGGAAACGUUUCUCGUGUCUCGAUCGCGAUCAUAACUGCUUUCCUUUGAUAAGAUUCUCUUUCUUUUUCGAAUACGCUAUCGGAAACGUUUUAAAAACCAAUCGUUCUCGUUUCCGUCUUUCCCAAAAUCUAAACUCGUCGUUUUUCCUAAUCUCUACUUUCUGAUAAAGUUUUACACGCGUAAAAAUCUUCCGAUCUCAUUCGUAUAUUUCUUAUUGGUAUGGUCGAUGAAUGUAUUUAAUAUUUGAUCAUCGAUUUCGUAGUUAACAAGAAGAUUAAUGUUCUUUCCCAGACACUCGAUAUCCAAAGAAAUUUCUUAUAAACUUUCGAAAAAAUCCUAUUUAUUAUCAAAUAAAAAUAGAAGGGGAAGGAGAAACGAUUUAACACGGAAAGAGACGAAUAACUCGAUUUGAAUUUGUUAGACGUCAUCAUCUUUUUAAUAUUCAUUAAUUCAAUUCGUUUACGUCAAUACACGAAAUUAAUCAUCAAAAUUUUGCUAAAGAUAAAACGAUUUUGUAUUUUUCGUCUGCUUUCUUUUUUAAUUCGUAAGAUCUAGUCGAAAGUGUAAAAAGGUCAGAAGAGAGAGAGAGAGAGAGGAAUGAAAAGUCACCUUUAAACGUAAUUAACCAUGAUCGCGUCUAAUGCGCACGAACGCACUGCAUUACGUCAUAAUAGGGAAAUCGCGGUACUUUAUCGAGCGCUCUUUGAUGUGUAUCGUGUAUAACAUCACUUAACGAUGGUCAGCCAUAAUCGGAUUUAAAUCCCUCGAGACAUCCCGCCUUUAGCCGACGCCAUUCUACACACGCUCGAGUAUAUAUUAUUCUCGCGAGAUGUUCGAUCUACGACCACGUCAAUUUUCUUAGAUUAACGAUCAUCUAGAAGAGAAAAAAAGAAAU